AGUAAAUAAAGUUCUAAUCACUUCGUUGCUCAUAUUGAUAAUUUUGUACUUACUUUGCAACGGAGAAUUGGGCCCAACAUGCUAUUAUGAUGCUUCCAAUGCCUAUAUCGCUCUGCUAUUUCUUGCUGCAUACAUGCUGCUACUACAGUACUGCUUACAAAAUGGCUCUUUUUGUCCCCAGCAUUGUCAACAGUCAGGUUCUUUUCAAUAGACGGAUAGCACAAAUCCUGGCCGAUGCAGGCCACGAUGUAACAAUGAUCUUCAUUAAUUCGCUGAAUUCUGACUCGGAAUCGAAGUACGUGGAUGUUGAGAACAACAUCAAAAUAUACUACGUAAACGCCUCUGGUGGUAUGAGCAAGAAGGAGUUUCUCGAUAUGCAAGAAAGUAUCAUUUUUGAGGACCUCUCAAUAUGGGAUAAGAGACUUCAUGAAGGAAUGGCAAGAAUGACAACAUUGUCUAGAGUAACCUGUCAAAAAAUGGUAGAGAAUAAGGAGCUGCUAAAGUGGUUGACUGCAGAACGCUUUGACAUAGCAUUCAGUCACGUAGUUGGUCUUUGUCCAAUUGGACUUAUUUACAAGGCCCAAAUACCUACCUGGAUAUGGCUUGACAGCACUCCCCUCGCGGACUAUGUUGCUUAUUUCAUGGGGAUGCCAAUAAUCCCAAGCUAUAUACCUCCUUACAUUAUGGAAGCCGCCGAUCGCAUGAGCUUCCUGGAAAGGACAAAGAGUUUUCUUGGACACUUGUUAUUGGUUCCCAUGUGGAAAAGGCUAUUGGCAGACAGAGAGACCGAGAUCUUUCGAGAACAGCUCGACCCUGACUUCCCAGAUUUGGUGGAUCUAGCGAAAAAUUGCCCGCUGGUGAUGGUUAACUCGAAUGAACUAUACGAUUUUCCUCGACCAACAUUGGCUAAAGUCAUAAAUAUCGGUGGUGUAGGAAUUCAGAUGAAAAAAUCAAAACCGCUAGAUUCAGGAUUCCAGCACAUUUACGACAGAGCAACUGGUGUUUUUGUAUUUUCAUUUGGUUCUAUCGCACCCAGCCACAAAAUGCCAAUGAGUUGGAAGGAAGCUUUCAUUGGAGCCUUUAAGCGUUACCCUUCUUACCAUUUCAUUUGGCGAUAUGUUGGAUCAGAUUUACAAGGCAAACUUCCACCCAACGUGCACACGUUUAAAUGGCUUCCGCAAUCAGAUCUGCUGCAGAGCAAUAAAACAAUAUCCCUCAUAACACAUGGAGGCUACAACAGCGUUCAGGAGGCAAUCACGGCUGGCAUACCACUACUUGUAAUACCGUUAUUUGGAGAUCAGCCAAAGAAUGCAAAAUUAGCCGAAAAGCAUGGAAUUGCAAUUGUCCUCCAAAAAAGCGACCUCAGUGCUGAUUCGAUAGCAGCCGCCAUAAAUAAAGUACUCACGGAUAAAAGUUAUUCCGGCAAAGUCAAGCGAUUGUCCCAAAUGCUGAAGAAGAAGCCGGUGAGUGUCUCACAGCUGUUAGUACGUUGGACUGAGUUUGUAGCAGAGUUUAAAACGCUGGAAAAUCUCAUACCGGCUGGUAACAAACUCAAUUUCAUACAGUAUUAUUCUCUCGAUGUCAUUGCAUUUUUAUCACUACUUGUAUUGCUAACGGCACUAAUCGUUUGGAAACUAUUGAGGUUCGCGAUAGCGAAAACAUUUGAUAUUAUGUAUGCCUUGUCAGGGAUUGUAGCGAAUAGACCUGAACAAAUAAAAGUCAAAAGUGAAUAGUUCGUUUCGUUGUGUCAUCAUAGCGUAACGUAGGGUUCAUGUGCUGUUUUCACGUUUCUAAUGCUUGCUCAUCACCUGGCUGAAUAAAUGGCUUUUGAUUGAUCAAAUGACGAUUUGUAUUCA